AUGACUAUACUACGCGAGAUCAAAUACUCGCGCCAGGACUGCAUUGCUGCAGUUCGUGACUACUACCAGUUUCUAGCCAUGAUGUAUCUCGACGAAAACCUUGUUCUCGAGCCACCAGAGGGAGGCUGGCCAUCAAUCACCGAUGAAGCCAUGCUGGCCAUCGGCAAGGAUAAGACAGUUGCUUCUCUACUCCGCCAUUUGCCUUAUCUGGCUCGUCCUACAACAUUUGGGUCGGAGAGCGAGCCCAUCCCAUUCCUCUUCUGUGCUAAUUGGGCACAUAACUGCGCUCAGAUCAAGGCUGGCCGAUUAAAGGCUGAAGGCGUUAGGGACACAUCCCAAGCAUGCAUGGAUGCAGAGAGGGUACCACCUCACGUUGUCGGCCUCACGAGUGGCGGGCGGGAUACUAGUGCAGUCCUCCUUGAUACUAAGCUCGGCGUCAUAUUCUUCCCCAAAUGCCAUGGGGAUAUAAUGGUGGACCCUUAUCGGGAGGGAGUUCUAGACAAUCUAUACAACUAUGCACCCGAGAACGAAGCGGACUGGCGUGCGAGUGGCGGUUGCUGGGCAAUCACAGACUUCUUCGAGGUUCUUAAACAUGAGUUUCGCAAGCUAUCCUUCGUUCCACUUAAUACACGCAUUGUACUUGAGAUCUAUUCGGCUAAGUUAGAAGAGGUUAUUCCGAUGGUACAGGAGAUUUAUUGA